AUGGCUCAGUCACUGGCUCUGAGCCUCCUUAUCCUGGUUCUGGCCUUUGGCAUCCCCGGGACCCAAGGCAGUGAUGGAGGGGCUCAGGACUGCUGCCUCAAGUACAGCCAAAGGAAGAUUCCCGCCAAGGUUGUCCGCAGCUACCGGAAGCAGGAACCAAGCUUAGGCUGCUCCAUCCCAGCUAUCCUGUUCUUGCCCCGAAAGCGCUCUCAGGCAGAGCUAUGUGCAGACCCAAAGGAGCUCUGGGUGCAGCAGCUGAUGCAGCAUCUGGACAAGACACCAACCCCACGGAAACCAGUCCAGGGUUGCAGGAAGGACAGGGGGGUCCCCAAGAAUGGCAAAAAGGGAAAGGGCUGCAAGAGGACUGAGCAGUCACAGACCCCUAAAGGGCCAUAG